AUGGCCAACAGUUUGGUUUUCAUAAUUACAUGUUUCUUCAUUCUCCUCUAUCCUUCAGCUUUAGCAAACCGAACACACUUCUCAUGGAACGAAACAUCUGCAGUUUUUUCUGCUUCAAAUGCCGAUGGCAUCUGUCAGUCAAUGGUGCAGCCACGUGGUUACACUUGUGAAGAACACAAAGUGACAACAAAAGAUGGUUAUAUACUAAGCUUACAAAGAAUACCAUUAGGACGCGUAGGUGGCAAGAAAGGCAACAUGAUCCCUGUUCUUUUGCAACAUGGUCUUCUAAUGGAUGCUAUAACAUGGCUGUUGAGCCCUCCUGAUCAAUCAUUAGCUUUGGUUUUAGCCGACAAUGGAUUUGAUGUAUGGCUUGUUAGUUCACGAGGAACCAAAUAUAGCCGUGGUCAUGUAUCUCUCAAUCCUGAUAGUGAGGCUUAUUGGGACUGGACAUGGGAUGAGUUAGCAGCAUAUGAUCUUCCAGCUACAUUUCAAUAUGUUCAUCGUCAAACAGGCCAGAAACUGCAUUAUGUUGGUCACUCGUUGGGAACUUUGAUGGGAAUGGCUGCAUUUUCAAAAGGAGAGCUUGUAAGCAUGACAAGAUCAGCUGCAUUGCUUAGUCCCAUUGCUUAUGUAGGUCGGAUCACGUCCCCAUUAGGCAGAACUGCUGCUGAAAACUUCCUAGCUGAAACUUUAAGAUGGCUGGGACUUCAUGAGUUUAAUCCAAAAGGGGAUGCUGUAACCAAGCUUCUCAAGAAAAUAUGCGUGAAUCCACUCAUCGAUUGUACCAACUUGUUGAAUUCAUUCACAGGCAAAAACUGUUGCUUGAAGCCUUCGAUAGUCGACGUUUUUCUAGACCAUGAGCCUCAGUCAAGCUCCACGAAGAACUUGAUUCAUAUAGCACAAAUGAUAAGAGAAGGAACAAUUAGUAUGUAUGAUUAUAAGGAUGGGGGACAAAACAGGAGGCGAUAUGGGAAGUCAACACCUCCAGUUUACAACAUAGCCAACAUACCUAAGAACCUUCCACUUUUCCUGGGCCAUGGUGGUGCUGACUCGCUUUCUGAUGUUGAAGAUGUUAAGCAUUUGUUGAAAAUACUCAAGGAUCAUGAUAAGAACAAGAUUGUGGUUCAAUUUAGGAAGGAUUAUGCUCAUGCUGAUCCUGUUAUGGGUACAAAUGCUAGACAAGUUGUGUAUGAACCUCUUAUGGCCUUCUUCAAGGUCCACAUUUGA